CUGAAGUCUACUGUAACAGAAAAAGUGAACUUUGGAAUAGGCAGGCGCCUCGCUUCCUCUACACUCCGCAGGCUACCUGGUGGGCAACAGAAGGAACAGACGUCACACAGUCCAGCCUGCUGCAUCUCCUCCGCCACAUCAUCUGGCUCGCUCUAUGACUGAACCGAAAGAGCGAAAGACUGGGGAACAGAGAAAAGAAACCGUACACUCUCAGAUGCACGGACAUCAGUGCUGCAGUCACUGUAGCCAGAGAUUUCAUAGAGAAUACGAACAUAAUAGAGCGGCAACCCCUCUGAGGAUUCGAGCUUAUUGAAAGGGAACAAUCGACAUUUUAAUUCGAGCUGGAACCCUUGAAAAUGCUUCAGUCUCUCACAAGUAAUUCGUGUGUGCGACUAAUUCAAAGCAAUAAGUCGGCAUGGUAUUUCUUAUUUUUAGUAUUGGGGUACGUUCUGUAUCUCAUUUUCGGUGCUGUUGUCUUUUCGUCGGUGGAGUUGCCAUAUGAAGACCAACGGCGUCAGGAGCUUAGGACCGCCAAAAGGCAAUUUCUUCAGGAAAAUGAAUGUCUGUCUGAAGAACGGCUUGAAGAGUUUCUGGCCAAAGCACUCGAGGCCAGUAACUACGGAGUGUCUAUUCUCAACAACGCCUCGUCUAACUGGAACUGGGACUUCACCUCCGCUUUGUUUUUUGCGAGCACCGUCUUGACAACGACAGGUUAUGGCCACACCGCCCCCCUGUCGGGUGGAGGCAAGGCCUUCUGCAUCAUCUACUCUGUCAUUGGCAUCCCCUUCACUCUCCUCUUCCUCACGGCUGUGGUGCAAAGGAUCAUGGUCUUCAGCACACGCCGACCCAUCAUGUACGUACACACCCACUGGGGCCUCUCCAAGCCCCUUGUGGCCAUAAUCCACGCCAUCCUGCUGGCCAUAGUGGCGGUGGCCUGCUUCUUCCUCAUCCCGGCAGCCAUUUUCUCAGCGUUGGAGAAGGACUGGAACUUCUUGGAGUCCUUCUACUUCUGCUUCAUCUCCCUCAGCACCAUAGGCUUGGGAGACUACGUCCCCGGGGAGGCCUUCAACCAGAGAUUCCGUGAACUGUACAAAGUGGGGAUUACUGUCUACCUGCUACUGGGCCUGAUCGCCAUGCUGGUGGUUCUAGAGACGUUCUGCGAGCUGCAGCAGCUCAAGCAGCUGAGGAAGAUGUUCUACCUGAAGAAGGAGAAGCCACAGGACCGGCUCGCCAUCCUGGAACACGACCACCUGUCCUUCACCUCCGUGUCCGACCACACCACCACCUCGCUGCGGGAAGACAAGACCGAGCCCUACGUUGACGUGCCCGACCUCGUCUCACCGGGCGGCGAUGACCCCAUGCUCAGAUAGAGAGAGAUAAAGACAAGAGAUAGAGAGACUGUGGAGGGGGUCAAAGUUCAGGUGUGAUAACAAAAUCACUUCAAAACUCAAGAGAGAAAAAAAACGAUACUUCAGUCAAAACGCAUCAUAGCACAAUAGCAUCAUAGCUCGAUGUGUGAAUAUCUGAGAUCAUAGUGCUGCUGAUCUGCAGAACAUACCCAUCAUUAGUUCUAAUAAUCCCCGUGUUCUGAUAAACACCGCUAGAACAUCAGUGGGCUGUGCUUGUCUGUGUAACAGCCAGGAACUCUGACUUAGGGGAGAGUUCUCCAAACUGUGUAGUAUAAUGUAGUGUUGCUGAGGAGAGAGUUUCUUUUGCCGCCACUGAUUCAGUCGUCGUCAUCAUUGCCGUCAGUCUCUGUGCUAUAGUGAUGCUGCCUGCUGGUCGAGGAGUCAUUCAUUGUAUAAUUGAAUAUAACAUACGCACACCAUCUGUGAGGGGUUAUUCCUAAAAAGGCUACUGCUUACGUGGGGCUCAGCAGAAUGAUCAGAGUUGACUCAUCAAGAGGAUUACUGUGUGAGAUGAUUCACCACAUCCUCUUGUAAUAUUAAUAGAGAAUCAUGCAGCUCCUACUUGUAUAAACAAUUGUCAACAUUACUGAAAUUGGGGUGUAUUUUAAUAAUAAGUGGGCUCUUAUCAAGGAAAUGUUAUCAAUUGACUUGUUUUCUUGUUGAUGAGGCCAUGAUUUUAAAAUGUCAUAAUUUAUUUGUAAUGUCAUAAUUGGUCAGUACAGUACUGUAUGAUCAGAAGAAUCUAGCCUGAGCAUUGUAAAAUAAUAUGACUUCUAAAAGAUUGUGUGACUAAGAGUUUUUAUGUAUAACCCCCAAGUGUGUGCCUGUUAUUUCUGCUUAAGGGAAAUCUAUAAAGGAAAGGUAGGGGAGUCUACCUGACCAUUCUGAACAAGUAGCAGCUAGAUAGGUUGUCCGUUCUGUUAAUGUUCUUACAUUGUUUACUUUUUCAUAUUUUGUCGUAGUGUUUAUAAGGAUCUCAUUCACUGUCUAUUGUGUCGAAAGGCAUCGAGCAAAAGCAGAUGCGAGUUGGAAGAGGGCUGGCCCUAGAAGACUUCCAUUAAAUAAUUAGGCUGGAGAUACAGUACAUCAGUCUUGAAAGGAUUAAACACAUUGUCAGGGAGCGGGUUUGGUUGGACCCAGAAAUGCACUUGUCCAACAUAUUGUGCAAAACUCUCAAUUUAUAAUUAGUUUGGAACUGAUAUAUUUAUACUUGAACAGAAAAGACUAACAUGAACUAACAAAGGGAAGUUUCGGUCCAGAAGGAUCUAAUUUAGUAUUUUAAAGUGUACGUUUUUUUUUUUUUUUAAACUAAAUGAUUGGAGUGAACUGUGAUGAUCAAUGCUGGUGUUGGUAUUGACAAAAUUUCGAUUUUUAUGAGAAAUCAGCAUUUUAUUGGGUUGAAAAAGGCACAACAUGACAACGACUGUUUAAAAUCAUCCUGAACCUUGCAAGGCCAAUGCUGAGUUUUGCAAGAUUACUUAAGUAUAACCCCACAUUUGACAUGCGAUUGAUCUUUACAACAACCUUGAAAAAUGUGUGUAUAUUUUUCAGAAAGUGGAAUGUUUACAAAUGUAUAUUUGUACAAUGCAUACUUGACGAGGUACCAUUUUUGGAUCACUUGAACUCUCAAAUAACGUUUGGGGCUGAAUGACAUGGAUUAAACGGCUCUCAUUGUUUGUGUAGCACAGUCUUGAGAUAGACACAUUUCAAGUGCACUGUUCUCUUUGUGAUGCACUUCAGAAAGAAAGGACUGGAGAGUUGACUGCAGACUGUGUACAAAUUGUAUUUUGUAUGUCUGAAGGCCAUGGUCAGUCCUGUCACGUUAUAUAGAGCUUGUACUGUGACAUAUUUAUUGUGUAUAAAAAUGAAAAAGCUUUACCUUCUCCGUCUUUUGUGUUCAGCUGAACAAGAACAAGAAAAUGAUUGCGCAAAGCUAGUUACAUUCAACGUGCUGUUUGUUGCAUGAGCGUCUUGUGAACUCAUUGACCAGAACUGGAUGCACAUCAGUGCAAAAGUACUUAAGUGACGACGGAAUCAUUUGUGUACUUACCUUAACCAGUGUACAUGGAGAUUAGGAAACUUGUUUUUUACCAGUGACAUAUGACAUGGGAAGGGAAAUUAACCGGUUUGUGUGUGCUUUUUCCAUUGUGUUGCGCUAACAAUAAAUACAAAUCUCUCACCA